AUGGCAGAUGGUCCGAAUGUCCCGACGUGUGUUCUGAAAUUGAAUAUCCAGUGUUGUUCAACAUGUCCCGAGAAAGUGAAGAAAAAGUUGCAGAAAAUCAAUGACGUGUAUGAUAUCGACAUAGAUUCCAAAAAUGGGCUGGUGUCUGUUCGGGGUACGGUGCAGCCCUCGGUGCUCAUUCAGACAAUAUCAGACAAGGUCGGCAAAAAAGCAGAGCUUUACUCCUACGACAGGAAUCCCGACAUUCAAAGCCAGUUGCCGGACGACCGCAGUCGUCGUUCUCCUCGUAACCACCGGGAAAACAACCGGAAAUGUUGUUUUGCCGAUGAAUCUAAUGUCGAUGAUGAUGUUAAGGACCCGCAGCAUGGCGUGAGAAAGAAUAAAAACGGGCUUGCUCGUUGGUUCGGCAAGAAGAGUGUUGUUGAACCGCCGAGGAUGUUUAGCAAGUUCGGAGGACUGCGGCUAGGAAAAUACGUGAGGCUGCGGCAGCCACCGGCACCGGCACAGCCACCGUCACUACCACCGUGA